AUGCAAUUCUUAACUGCCAAGUCACUACUUUAUAUAAGGGUAGUUACUCUCCUUGUGGUAUCAUAUUACAUGCUUAAGGAUCCAGAGGGUCUUUCUACUGCAGGAUUUGUUUUACUCAUGGGCCAAGCAGUGCAAGUGCCUAUAUUGAGGUUGGCACCAUCAAACCCGCUCCUUAGCAUUGUGUCCAUCUUCUUUGCCACAACAGCAUUGAGUGACUUAAUUCCCUUAUUAGCUGAAAAUUGGAAUCAUUUUGAAACACUUGUACCCGUGAGAUUGUUUGCCUAUUUCUUGAUUGUGGCAUUUACUUAUUUUGUACCCGAGAGUGCAAUUAGUAAUAGCUUGGUUGUUACAUAUUCGAUGUUUGAGAUUUGGUGCAAUUUUCUUAUAUACAACAAUUUGAGGGACGAAAAGUUUUACAGAAUGAAGAAGUUUGUAGAAGAAAAUGCCGAUGCUAUCAAGCAGGCACAAGAUGAAAAAAUCACCGUUAUUGAAUAG